GGGAGACGAGGAGGAGGUGCUACAGAUAGGGGAGCAGACCAUCAGGAACCAGCACUGGAGUCAGAGGUCAGUGCUCCUGCAGAAGGCAUGAAUGUGAACACCAAUGUGAAGGUAUUGAGCAGACUGAGCAAGAGUGCUGAGAACCUUAACCUUCUUAAGAUCCCUUUCAGACGCAAAGACCCUUCUCCUGGCCCCCCUUCACCCCAGCCAGACUCCCCAAGAUCUAGCAGGCCCAAUGGGAUGUCAAGCAUCCAAAGGACAGCCAGUGCCUCCUCGGUGGACCUUCGAGGUCGCAGUGUCCGUCGCUGGAAGAGUCCAUUGAGGGCUAAAGGCCAGAUGCUGAAGAUGGUUGGCAGCAUGAGUGACCUGACCAGCCGGCGCAGGCCCAGUUCCUCCCCAGGACCCUCCCCCACCUCACCGCUGUCACCCCUUAGCCGUCUCCACGACGACUACUCCCGCCGUGUGCCUUGUCUGCCAGCCAUUGAGCGUCAACGCCGGCCCUCCCCUUCCAGAAAACGGGCUCCUGGUGAGAGGACUCAGGCACCCAUUGAACAGCCACACCCUGACUGUGAAGCCAGCCCAGUCCAACACCAGGUUCUCAUCAGCCCAGUCCCUAUGGAUCCAUCAGAGGAAGCAAAACAGUCUUCUCUUUGUGUCUCUUCUCAUUAUGAACCGCCGCCUGUAACUUCAGUGAAUGAUUGUACUCUGGGAUGGGACUCACCUGCACUCAGCCACUGGGAACCACUAGAAAGCACAGAACAGAUCCGUGUCGAGUCCCAACCAAAUAAGGCCGCAUCGGACGAACAGGGGCGAGAGGCGCUUCUUCGAGCGGAGGAAGCCUCUCCGACAGCUAGCGGCACCACCCCCCCCCUCUCGCCGACGUGUCUCUCGGAGUCGCCCACGCCGCCCAAGGAGACGGCCGCGGCGUCCGCAGAAGCAUCGUCCGUCACCCCCAGGAGAAGGGCGGGCCGGGCGCGGCCUCGGCCCAUCUCUGACUACGGGCAGCUGGUUUCCCGGAAAUACCAAAUUCCCGAGGAGGAGGCAGAACUCCUUGCCGAGGGAAGGACUACUGGCGGAACGCCGCGCCAAAGUUGCAGCUGUAACGGCGGAGAUGGGGGUGGAGACGGUCCUGAGGAUCACAGCGUGAACGGGGAUAUUCAGGGCGGCCGGCAGCGGCCCGUCUCCGUCAUAGGAGUUGUGAACCCAUUCGCCGCUCCUGAUGCCGAGGGGAAGGAGGACCGCCUUCCCUCCCCCCUGUCGCGACCACCCAUCCCUUCGCACCAGGUGCCCCCUUACAGAGCAGUGUCGGCCAGGUUCCGCCCCUCAACCCUCUCCCAGAGCACCCCCAUAGGACUGGACCGGGUGGGCCGGCGCAGGAUCCACCGAGUGCUCAGCGAUGGGGCAUCCGAAUGCCCGGCAGCACUCGACGACAGCGUGAGCGAGGAGGAGGGGAGUUUUGACGAGCUCAGUGACGUCACGCCGUACCUGCAGCCCGGGGUGGAGCUCUCCACGCUUAACGAGUGGAUAAGCUCCGGCCAUGCGGUGUACGCCGAGGCCCUCUGGGACCAUGUGACUAUGGGGGAGCAGGAGCUGGCCUUCAAGGCAGGGGACGUGAUCCGCGUCCUGGACGCCUCUCACAAGGACUGGUGGUGGGGCAGGGGGGCUGACAAGGAAGCCUGGUUCCCUUCCAGUUUUGUCCGGGUGCGUGUGAACCAGGAAGACUGGAGCGGGGAGGGUGCUGUGGACCAGGAGGAGCCGGCCCCCAGAGACACACACAGCACCCAGCACAGGGAGCAGAUGAGGUCCAACGUGGUCCAGGAGAUCAUGAACACUGAGCGCAUCUACAUCAAGCACCUCAGGGACAUCUGUGAGGGUUACAUCCGCCAGUGCCGCAAGCACCUGAACAUGUUCACCGAGCCGCAGCUCAGGACCAUCUUCAGCAACAUAGACGACAUCUACAAGUUCCAGCGGCAGUUCCUCCGUGACCUGGAGAAAAACUACAAUAAAGACCGACCGCACCUCAGUGAAAUAGGCUCCUGUUUUCUGCUGCAGGGGGAGGGCUUCUCCAUCUACUCCGAGUACUGUAACACCCACCCGGCAGCCUGCGCCGAGCUGCAGCGUCUGAUGAAGAUCGGCCGCUACAAGCACUUCUUCGAGGCUUGUCGCCUCCUCCAGCAAAUGAUAGAUAUUUCCAUCGCGGGCUUCCUGCUCACGCCCGUCCAGAAGAUCUGCAAAUACCCUCUCCAGCUGGGAGAGCUGCUCAAGUAUACGCCCAAGGACCACAGUGACUACGACGGAGUGAGCAGCGCUUAUGAGGCGAUGAAGAACGUGGCCAGUCUGAUUAAUGAGAGGAAGAGGAGGCUGGAGAACGUCGACGCCAUCGCCCACUGGCAGGUCGCCAUUCUCCACUGGGAGGGAGCCGACGUGCUGGAGCGGAGCUCGGAGCUGAUCCACUCCGGCGAGCUGACCCGCGUCGUUCGACACGGCAAGACGCAGCAGCGCAGCUUCUUCCUGUUCGACCACCAGCUGGCCUUCUGCAAAAAGGACGUCCUGCGCAGGGACCUGCUCCACUAUCGUGGACUGCUGGAUAUGGACCAGACGGAGGUGGUGGAUCUACCCGACGGCCGCGACCCCGAGCUGGGCCUGACGCUGAGGAACGCUCUGCGGCUUCGUCAAAGCUCGACGCUGGAGGGCGUGUGUGUCCUCUGCUGCAGGAAGGCUCAGGACAAGCAGAGGUGGUUACAGGCGUUUGCGAGGGAGCGGCGCAAGGUGCAGGAGGACCAAGAGAUGGGUAUAGAGAUCAGCAAAGAACAAAGACAGCAGGCCAUUUUCAACGCCAGGAAAGCCAAACGAGGGAAGAGCAAGGCUGUUAAUUACUCUGGCUCGGCGCUGCCGCACCACCAAAACCUCCACCCGCUUCACCAGCGCCACGUUACCGUCCCGACCAGUGUGCCUCAACAGCAAGUCUUCUCAUUGGCCGAGCCCCCCAAGAGGAAGACCUCCCACCUGUGGUACACCAUCACUCACAAUGCCUUUUUCAGAAAAUGACUCGUCUUCGUCUUCUGUCAAUUUGGACUCCGACCCUAAACCAUCCUAAAGACUCAGAUCACUUUAAAUUUUUUUUUUUAAAAAAAAAACUUUUCUCUGCCUGGAACCCACAACCUGUGAAUGUCUGAAUAUUUGUUGGAUUUUUUUUUUUUUGGUGCCUAAUGUGUGUCUCCUAAUGUGUGUCUCUGUUUCAUGUCAUAGUCCAGUGCCUACCAUUUUGAGAGGGGCACGCCAAAGGUGUUAAAAAAAGAAAAAGAAAAAUACUGAUUCCCUCCAUUUUGUCGGUGUUUAAAGAUGCUGCUUAUUAUGGUUUGAGAUCAUACCCCCCCCCUCCCCCCUCCGACAUGUCUUAAAAAUGCCUGCUGAAACUUUUGUUUUUUUGUUUUUGGUAAUUAUAAUAAUGAUGUAUAUUCUACUUUUGUCACGCUUAACAUGAUUUUAGGUUAUUCUAUGAAGGCUGGACCCUUUUUUUUUUGUUUUUUUUUUUUGUUUUUUGUGAGACUGCAAAUCUGUCCUCUGAGCAAACUAGCAGCCUUAAGCACAAGUUCAGCUGACUCACUCGCAUGCCCGCCCUGUUAACAAUGUAAA